CAAAGUUUUUCUUACUUUCGAGCAGAGCGGACGUGUUGACAUAAACUUGAGUGUUUAAACCAAACACAAAAAUUAACGAACGAAAAUGCUUUUGCAUCGGUUGCACGCAGUGAUUUGGUUCCUUAGCGGUGUCAUUGGACUUUAUGCAUAUCCAACAAUAAACAUACCAUUUUUAUUUGGCACUUCAGCGUAUGGCGAGGGAGCACACAGAUUCAAAAAGAGUGGUCUAGAAAUCCAGUCCGAUGCCGAUGUCGUAGAAUUGGAGCACUUAAGAGAUCAUUAUGGCAAUGAAAACCCAGACGGUACCGAUCAAAUGCCAGCGCAAUUCGAACAGCCACCAUUCGGGCCAGAUAUCGGCGUGGGCAAAACCGUUAGUGCUGAGCCGUUAAGUGAAUCACAAGAGUUGGAGCGUCAAUUGGAGCAAAUGCCGGCGAUUACAACUAAACUGGAAAAAAUUGCAACAACAACAACGGAGCUAGCACCAGCACCAGCUGUGGCUGUGCCCGAGAAUCGUGGCGAUCAGCAGUCCGUCGUCGAGGGUGGUGGUAUGCAUCGGCCACCUACGCUACAACACGACAACGGUGGAAAAACACUAGCAGAGGGUGGCGGCAGCGCAGGUCAACAGCAGGCGGCAGAAUUUGGUGCCAUUGUGCCAGCCGGUGGCAGUCCGCCAGCACCAUCUGCUAUCAAGCCUUUCUAUGGUGCCGCACGCUUGGCAUUCGGUCAAAAUCCGGAAGUGCUUCCUACCACCACCACAACGACUACAACAAAAGCCUCGACCGCCGUCACAUCUACUUCCACUACUAGUGUUAUGCCAAUAACAACAACAACCACCACCACCACCAUUAGCAACACCAAUACACAAUCAGCAUCCGUCCAAAGCGCUGGCGCUGGCAAAGAUACAAAUGUCGGCGAAUCAGAUAUACUACCACUUGACGUCGAGACCGUCAUUACGAAUGGGCAAGAAAGUACGCCAACGAAUCCAUCAGAUAAAUUGAUUGAGCAAAUUAAAUCAACGGCACAACGACGUUCGGUGCCCAUAAAGCCACAACAGACUGUAGAGAGUAUUCUCAAACGUCACAAUGGUCAGUUGACACCCUUUGAUAUGGCUCAGUACGUCUUUUGGACAGGCGAUGAGGCUGGCGUAGCACGGGCCGUUGAAGAACUAAUCGAUCGGGGUGUGAUGUCGCGUGAAAAUGCUUUGGCAUUUCUAAGAGAAGUACGUAUUGGCAUUGAGUAUCUGCAGCAGUCAUAUACAAAUCGUAUCUUCCCUGAGGCCGGUCUGAAUAUCAAUAUAGAUAAGAAAAUGUUCGACAGCCCGCAAAGCAAACCAAUAGCACCAUCAACAGCCGCUUCAAUAAAUGAGAAAUCAUUACUCCCCUAUUUGCGGCUAAUGCAGGCAAAUAAACAGAGUGCAAUAAAGCCAGUCGAAAAUAUAUCUGUUUGGCAUAAAUUACAAGCACUUGGAAAUGACGAUUUAAAUGAUUAUGAUGAGAACGGCGAAAGGGCUAAAAUAUCUCAAUUCUUGUAUAAUGAAUAUACAUUGGAAGACAUACUCUAUAAAUUGGCAAAGAUCAUGUUCACACAAUCUUUAGCGCAUGGCUCUGAUGAAGCUCAACACGAAUUGCAGAAAUUAACCGACUUUUUGGAACGUGAAGGCAAUCUUGGUGUUAUACCAACUGAUUUGCAGAAAAAAGUGCUCCACAUUUUAUUCCGCGCUCUCUCCGACACACUGGCCGAACGUCCCGAACUGUUGUCGGUGGCUAAUGUUAAUCUUGCUAAUACCUACAAUCGUCUUCCUUUACGUACUUUAGACCCAUGAAUUGGUCGUUGAAACAAGUGAUUCCAACAUAAAUACUUAAACAGUUACACACAUACAUAAAACCAAAAAUUUUUUGUUUGAACAUCGUGGAAACCAAAUAAUAGUCUUCUAUGCUUAAUCGGUGGCCCAUUAACAAGUUUGCACAUGAAUUUGCUCAUGGAAAAAGCUUGGAAAAUUAUUUUUAUCUCUGCUUAUACUCCAAAUGUUAUACUAUAUUUCUGUUCUACUUACAUAUAUAUAUAUUUUGAAUACUGCAAAGCAGCAUAACCGAAUUUAUAUAUUUACUGGCAGAUUAAAAUCGUUGGAGGAAAUAAUUAAAUAAUUAAUUUGAUUUAAAGCGCAUUAAUGCGAAUCUUAAAAUACUGAUAAUAAUUGCAAAGUGAAUUUAAAGAAAAAUUAUUUAAGCUUACCUACUAAAAGUAUUGUUAACAGAUAUAUAUGUAUGUAUACAUACAUAUAUGUAUAUUGGAAAAGCAUAACUGAUUUUAUGAAGUAAAUUAAAUAAUUUUACAAAAAUAUA